AUGGCCGCUAGUCUGGAAAGGAAAGGGCCGUGCUUAUCGGGCGGGAUUCCGGGGAAAAUAUUAAUCCUAAGUCGGGUCAGGUCUCCUAGCCAUGUCAACAGAGAACAAGGAAAACACCAACGCCACAGGACCGUCUCUGCAGUCACAGAAAGAAAUAGUAAAAACAGCAAGCUGACAGCCGAAACACAGAACCAGAACACUUCCACCGCUACUCCCACCGACACAGGAGCCGGCGCGCAAGAACUGGCCGCCGCCGUAGACGACCUCCUCGAUCAGCUGCAGCACAAGUUCGACAAGGUGUCGACGGAGAUUUUCGGGAAGUUGGAUGACAUGGCCCGACGCCUCGACGAGCUCGAGGCUUCUCUGACCGUGGCAGAAGAAACGGCUGCGGCUGCGACUGCGAAGAGCUAG